AUGGAAACCCUUUUGGUUACGAUCGCCCAAUUGAUAUCGAUGACAUGCCUUAUCCUCACGAUUGCAGUGUAUCUUUACGUAAAGCAGCUUCGAAAUGUGCUCGGAAAGUGCAUUAUAAGCAGCCUAUUCUGCAUGUUUUUCUAUAAUCUGACUACAUUCCAUAUAUAUUUUGAAAUUAAAAACUACACUAUAAAAUUUGCAAUAAGUUACAUCUAUUUCUUCUUCGUAACGGCUUACAAUCUCUGGCUCUCCGUUAUAAGUUGUUACAUGUGGAAAAUGCUCACUAAGCUCGGCAUCGAAGAAUCCUCUCAUCAGUUUCUGAAAUACAGCGCUUUUGUCUGGUUGACUUCUUUUUUUUAUCCCGUUUUCCUUGGAUUGAUAUACCCACUUUUAGUAUUCGCUUUCGGUGAAGAAUUACUGCCGACUGUUCUUAGUCUUUUUCCGUUACCGAUCAUAUAUAUCUUCAAUGCGAUCAUGUUUAUCCUCACGGCUAUUCAUAUGGUGAAAGUUAAAAGAGAACUAAAUAGCUUUAAGGAGCGUGAUGAGACAACGACAACCUGCUUCAAUUUGGACACUCAAACGUAA